UUCUGAUUUUAUAUAUCACUAGCUAUUAUGUACCAACUACCAUCGAUCGCCCAUGCAUUACAUGAGCAAUAUGCAGCAUCAAAAUUUCAAUAAAAGUCUAAUUCUGUUAUUAAAAAAGGGAGAAAUUACAUUCUCACGCUCUAUAAAUAACAUGAGCUGCAAGAACCAUAACAAACCUUAUUUCAAAUGGCUAAAACCAAAAAUGUUAUUUCUUUCAAACUUUCUCUCAUCUUCCUUCUUAAUAUUUUCAUCGUAGCCACCAUCGCAGCCGCAGCGGCCGUUAACGCCGGUACCAAAGGUUUGGAUUCUCGGCCGUCCAAAACCAGGCGUCCCUGGCCUUUCAAGAAGCUCAACAAACCGGUGGUUUUAAUGAUCUCUUGCGACGGUUUCCGGUUUGGUUACCAAUUUAAAACGGACACACCAAACAUCGACCUUCUCAUAUCCGGAGGAACUGAGGCCAAACACGGUUUAAUCCCGGUUUUCCCCACCAUGACAUUCCCAAACCACUACUCUAUCGCAACCGGACUCUACCCGGCUUACCACGGUAUAAUCAUGAACAAGUUUACCGAUCCGGUUACGGGAGAGGUGUUCAACAAAGGCUUACAACCAAAAUGGUGGUUAGGUGAGCCGCUGUGGGUAACCGCAGUAAACCAAGGUCUCAAGGCUGUGACCUACUUUUGGCCAGGCUCUGAAGUUCUAAAAAGUUCUUGGACUUGCCCUGAAGGAUAUUGUCCACAUUUCAAUCUUUCAGUUCCUUUAGAAGAAAGGGUUGAUUCGGUCUUGAGCCAUUUUGAUCACCUUGAGGACGAAGUUCCUGAUUUACUGAUGUUGUAUUUCGAUGAGCCAGACCAAUCGGGUCAUAACUAUGGUCCUGAUGAUCCUCGGGUUACGACUGCUGUUUCUAGGGUUGAUAAAAUGAUUGGUAGGGUGAUAAAGGGGCUGAAGCAGAGGGAGAUCUUUGAUGAGGUUCAUGUGAUAUUGCUUGGUGAUCACGGAAUGGUGACCAACUGUGAGUGUAACGAGAAAGCGAUUUACAUUGAUGACUUAGCGGAUUGGAUCAAGAUACCCGCGGCUUGGAUCCAGGCUUACAGCCCAGUGCUAGCAAUCAAUCCUCAGUGGGGGAAAGAUGUCGAGAAUCAAAGCGAAAAGAACGCGGAAGUCGUGGCGAAGAUGAACGAAGCUUUGAGCUCAGGGAAAGUAAAAAACGGAGAGUUUUUGAAAGUUUACUUGAAGGAGAAGCUACCAGAGAGACUGCAUUUUUCAGAGAGUUAUCGGAUUCCACCGAUCAUAGGAAUUGUCGGAGAAGGUCUAAUGGUCAGACAGAACAGAACAAAUGCUCAAGUUUGCUAUGGAGACCAUGGUUAUGACAACGAGCUCUUCUCGAUGAGGACUAUUUUUGUCGGACAUGGUUCUAGGUUUAGUAGAGGAAAAAAAGUGCCAUCAUUCGAGAAUGUGCAGAUCUAUAACGUCGUUGCAGAGCUUCUUGGACUCCGACCAGCUCCGAACAAUGGUUCUUCUUUGUUCCCUCGGAGCAUUCUCUUGCCUUCUGGAGCAACAAGGGAAGUAAAAUGAAGUAAAAUCACUUAGCUCAUGAAUAAUAAGUAAGAUGAUAAUGAGUGACUAAUCUAUGUGCUCAAUCUUGUGACCCUUAAUGUUUUUGAAUAACCAGGUUUCGUGGACUGAAGCGACGUUAAUAGAACAAUUCGGCAUCUUUUCUUUUUUUAUUCGAAUGUAUAUAUCUAAAUCAUUACCUAAAUUGUUCCUAAAAUAAUUCAAUUAAUAUCAUUUUUGUAGGAUGUUUAGUAGUAAGUCACAUCACACACUAUGCAAUACUCAAAACUAAUUAUUUCUACUUAUAUAUAUAUUGCAGUCAGUCACAUGUACCUCUCAAUCCAUAAAAGUCCAGUUUAGUAAAUAUUAUAUUGAUAGUAACGUUUAUUCAACAUAUCAUGAUCUACUUGAUAUGAAUUAAUUUAUUACAUUAAAGUUACUCAAUAAUAGUGAUGUAAGAAGAUCUCUCUUUCUCACUCUCCCUCGAUAUGUCAAUUGUUCGAUAUAGAAAACUCUUGGACUUGUUUAAUUUUGGGAGAUAAGAUUGGAAAAGAGCAGACCCAUGCAUCAACAGAAAGAGGGGUUGUUUUUUCCGUAGUUAAUUCCUUUACCAAAUAAAUCU